AUGGGUGGAAAGAAGAAAUCAACAAAUAAAAGCACAAAGAAAACAACAGCUACAGCAUCAUCGUCAAGCAAUCAAAUACAAAAACCAACAAUGACUAACAGUUCAACAAAAUUACCAAGACUUUUAGAUAAUGAUGACGAUUUCUUCAUUGACAAAGCAGAGAAAGCAUUAAGGGAGAUAUUUUCACGUUAUGAUGCAGAUAACGAUGGUAUGCUCACCAUCGAUGAACUAAACAAGUUUGCUAUCAAAUGUAAUGGCAAGCCAUUCGAUCAAGAUUCGAUCGAUUCCAUUCUUGAGGCCUUCGAGUGUGAACAAGGAAAGUUGACUAUUCGUGGAUUUUUAGAGAUGUACUAUAUGCAAUCGAUCUCGGAGCCAGAGGAAACCUGGAGAGAUAUCAUGGCACACAAUUAUAAUACAAAGUUGGAUUUGCAAGUAGAGAGCAGCAGUACUGCCACAUCGACAAAUCCAUCAGAAUCACCUGCAACUACCGAAACUAAUACUACUACUACAGCAUCAACAACCAUCACUGAGCAACCAAAACUAGAUGAUAACACCACACCCACAGACUCAAAAUAA